UAACAUUGACACAGUGGGGUGCGCAGGAUAAGAGUCAGCAAUGGUCAUUAUAAAACACAGUCACCCAUUUUCACCAUUGUUGUGCAAGGUCAGCGUCACUCAUUCCCAUGAAUAACACCUCCCCACCCAACACCCCAAAUUUUUCAUAAAAAUACCUUCUUUUUCCCAAAUAAAAAAAAUAUAUUUUCUUCAUUUUCAUCACCAUCAUCUUCUUCUGAUCUCUCUUUGAAUCCCUCAGACUGAAAACACAGCAUUUACUCUGAAAGAACUAGCAUUUAAUAUAAAUAGUGGGUAUUUAAGAAUGGAGGGACUGCCCCCUGGUUAUCGUCCCAACGUUGGUGUUUGUCUAGUCAACUCUGAUAAUCAGGUUUUUGUAGCUUCCAGAUUGAAUGUUCCGGGAGCAUGGCAGAUGCCUCAGGGCGGUAUCGAAGACGGCGAGGAACCGAGAUCUGCAGCUAUCAGGGAAUUGAGAGAAGAAACUGGAGUAGGAUCUGCUGAAAUCAUUGCUGAGGUUCCUAAUUGGUUGACAUAUGAUUUUCCUCCCGCCGUGAAGGCUAAAGUGAACCGACUCUGGGGAGGUGAAUGGCAUGGGCAGGCACAGAAAUGGUUUCUCAUGAGAUUAACGAAAGAUGAGAGCGAGAUCAACUUAGCAACCGGUGAGGCAGACCCAGAGUUCGCCGAGUGGAAGUGGACAACCCCCGAAGAAGUUGUUGAGCAGGCUGUGGACUACAAGAGGCCGACGUACGAAGAAGUUAUGAAGAACUUCGGGCCUUACUUAAGGGACAAUAGCAAAGCCGCUAAAUGUAAAUCGACGAAAUGGUGAAAUGCUAUGUGGUUUCUCCUUGUUUGUAGGUGUUCCUCUCUUGAAUCCAUCUCUGAUCUCUCUGUAAAUGGAUAUGGCGGUUACAACUUUUAUGAAGUUCAGAUUGUUGUUUCGUUGUAAUAACAGUGUUUGUGCAAAACUUAUACGAUGGUUUUGAGUUCU